CAUAGCAUGUACCAAACGAAUUCAGGCAAGAAGUUUAUGAGAAUAUAAAAAUGUGGUGAGAGAGAAUUUCCGAACAAACAUAAACCAAGCGAGAAUAAUACCACUUGCGCCCUCCCGGCGAGGGACAGGCCAGGGCUGAAAAAAAUCCUACCACACCGAAUCACUUCCAGCCUAGCUAGCGCUUUGGCCUAUAAAUGGAGACCAUCCGGCAUCCAUGGCCAAGCCAUCAUAGCCCAAGCAAAACCACAUAUCAAUACCGGCAGCCCGUCGCCACGAUGUUUCGACGCGCCAAGACCACGGCGAUAGCCACGCCACCCUCUGACGGCGAGGUGCGGGUGCAUAAGGUUGAGAAGAUCGAGCUCGUCCGCAACCUUGUGACCAAGCCGUCGAUAUACUACGGCGCCAACCCGAUGACAGCAUCAACCAUGAGGCGAGGUGCAGCCGGUCACGGCACGGCUGCCAACACCAGUAAGGCUACCGGCGCCUCGAGGCCGGGGGUCGUGUCCAUAGAGGAUAUUAACAAGAGGUCUGAGGCUUACAUCCGGGAGAGGAAGAGGCUCUUCCAGGGUCUGAAGUAGCUCCAGAUAUAUGCAGAUGACCUUGCACUACUAUUGAUCACGUCUACAUAUAUACACCGAUUAAUGGAUGUAUGCAUGUGUGGAAUUUCCCCUCGAUGGAAUGUAAGAUGUGCUAUGUAAACGUGCUGUCGUGUGAUAUCGAUCCACUUGUUGCAAUUAAUCGUGUGUCCUCUUAGAAAGUGUGUAGUCAAGUCCUCUUAGAAAGUGUGUAGUCACAUCUUUACUACCAAUUAUAAAUAAACGAUUAUUAAGUGCAGAUAUAUAAACGAAAUAUAAAUCAGACUUCAGAUUG